AUGGACGCCACCAACACCAACAACACCGCUGACCUUGAUGACAGAAUUGCUGGCCUCCAGCUUUUCUUGUCGGGCGAUUCCGCCGACUCCAUGGUCAUCUGCGGCCAGGAUGGCCAGGUCUGGGACACUCACCGUGCCAUCCUUCAGCGGUGCCCCUACUUCCGUGCAGCCCUGUCGCCGGUCUUCAAGGAGGGCCAAACCGGCAUCAUCCUCUUCAACGAUAUCGGCUCCAAGGAGAUCAGUAUCGUGCUGAAGUUUAUCUACUCUGGAAUUGUCAACAUCAACUACGCUGAGCACAGCUCCGCCAUGAUCACCUGCAACAAGAUUGCCCACGCUGCCGACUACUUCGAGCUGGACACCCUGAAGUAUCACGGACUGGGAAUCCUGAAGGCUUACUUUGGCGCCCAGCUCGCCGCCAUCUGUCAGGGUCUCCCCGUCUGGACUCCCUACGUCCCCAAUCUCAACUUCAAGGCUCUCUGUGUGGCCAAGUACCAGGAGCUUGUGCGUGUUGGCUUCGAGGACUGCCUGUGUGCCGCAGUCCGCCACGCCUACCAGCAGUCGUUCGACGUUGAGGCAAUCUGUCAUGCCUACGUCGAUUUUGUUUGCGCCGCCAGAAUGCACACAUUCCGCAGCAAGAAGGUCCAUCGCCUGGCCAAGGAGGUGUCCUCCUUCGGCAGUGAUAUUCUCAAGGCCAUGAAGUGGGGUGACGGACAUGAUGCCUUGGAUGCCGGCAAGGUGCUACAGCUUUGGGCCGCCCUCGAUGAUUUGGCCGCUGAUAACGUCUAA